AUGAACAACAGUGUACACAAUUAUGGUUUGCGAGUUUUUCCAUUCCAUUUAAAAGUACUGGUAUCGAAUAUUGACAACAUCGACGAUAACCGUUGCACAACCCCAUUUAGAAUGAUCGGCGAUAAAGAUACCGACACCAAAAAAGAAUGUAACAGCAAAGCUAAUGAAGUCAUAGUCACAAGUUAUAGAAUAAAAUGUAACCAAUACACAAAUCCGGCUUGCGCAUCGGCUUCGGCAGUCACCGGAAAUUUCCCGGUGUCCCGUAGACCCAGCCCAAGCCUGCAGAUGCACAAAGGCUCCAAAAAUAACAAAAUCAUCUGGGGCAAGGAACGUUAA